GGGCGUGGGGAAGUGACGUCGCGGAGGCGCGGCGGGCACGGCUGGGUGGACGCGGGCUGGCAUGUCGGCGUUGACGCGAGUAGCGCCCUUCGUUCGCCUCGGACGCCGCCUCUUCAGGGGCGUCCGUGCGCAGGAGGCGGGGGGCGCCGGAGUCCGCCGGGCCGGCGGCGGGGUGCACAUCGAGCCCCGCUACCGCCAGUUCCCGGAGCUGACGCGCUCGCAGGUGGUCCAGGCCGAGUUCUUCAGCGGCCUCAUGUGGUUCUGGAUCCUCUGGCGCCUCUGGCACGACUACGACGCGGUGCUGGGUCACUUCCCCUACCCGGACCCUUCCCAGUGGACGGACGAGGAGCUGGGCAUUCUUCCUGACGAUGAGGACUGAGGGACGCCGCCCGCUGGGCGUGGGGGGGCCGCGCCGUGGUGUGACGUCAUGGCCUCUGUGUUGUACAUUCAGAUUAUAAAUUAAAGUGGUCAAGAACGAG